CAGAUUCUUCUCCUCCUCGGUCAGCUCGAGUGCCGCCGCUGGCUGCUGCUGGCAGUUUUACGCGAGGAACUCCCGAAUUACUUCGGCAACCCGUUAUAACGGUCGAUAUGGCGACCGAGGAAAUAAUCAAGCGUUUUCUUAAGAAAAGAUGAAGAUAGCCGAUACAAAGUUUCAGGUUUCACACCAUGUGAUGAUCACCCGGGACGUGUGAACUUAUUUAAGAACUCCUGUGUUCAGAAGAUUUUUUGAUUCCAGUGGAAUCUUUCAUUUUUGUUUUCCAUCUAUUUUUCCCCUUUUGUUAAAUGACACACCCAGUCGCACGCACGCCCAAGAGAACCCCCCCCACCCUUGUUUACAUGUAGAACAAGCUUGCUACGAUGCCUGUACAAGCUCCACAAUGGACAGAGUUUUUACUGUGCCCCAUAUGCACCCAGACGUUCGAGGAGACGGUGCGCCGGCCCAUCAGUUUGGGUUGCGGCCACACCGUUUGCAAGAUGUGCCUCAACAAACUGCACCGCAAGGCUUGUCCCUUUGACCAGACGGCCAUCAAUACUGACAUCGAGCAGCUGCCCGUCAACUCAGCCCUUUUACAGCUGGUCGGGGGUCAGGUGUCCAAACAGCAACCUGUGGCGCUCAUUACAUGUCCAGAGGACACCAAUCAUUAUGAUGAGGCACGGCAGUGUGUUGAGGAGCUGGCCCUCUACCUCAAACCCCUCAGCAGUGCACGAGGAGUGGGGUUGAGUAAUGCUGCUCAGAGCAUGCUGAGCCGCCCCAUGCAGAGGAAGCUGGUGACUCUGGUGCACUGUCAGCUGGUGGAAGAGGAAGGACGGGUCAGGGCAAUGCGGGCGGCCCGUUCUCUGGGCGAAAGAACUGUUACUGAGCUCAUUUUGCAGCACCAAAACCCCCAGCAGCUCUCUUCCAACCUGUGGGCUGCUGUCAGAGCCAGAGGCUGCCAGUUCCUGGGCCCCGCCAUGCAGGAGGAGGCACUAAAGCUGGUGCUGUUGGCCUUGGAAGAUGGAUCCGCUCUUUCCAGGAAGGUUCUGGUCCUCUUUGUGGUCCAGAGACUAGAACCGAGAUUUCCUCAGGCCUCCAAAACUAGUAUUGGACAUGUAGUUCAGCUCCUCUACCGUGCCUCGUGCUUCAAGGUGACUAAGCGAGAUGAGGAUUCAUCACUAAUGCAGUUGAAAGAGGAGUUCCGCACGUAUGAGGCACUUCGGAGGGAACACGACUCUCAGAUUGUUCAAAUCGCAAUGGAGGGAGGCCUCCGCAUCGCGCCCGAUCAGUGGUCUUCUCUGCUGUAUGGAGACCAGUCUCAUAAGUCUCACAUGCAGUCCAUCAUUGACAAGCUGCAGACCCCGGCAUCGUUUGCUCAGAGUGUGCAGGAGCUGACCAUCGCACUGCAGAGGACGGGUGACCCGGCCAAUCUCAACCGGCUCAGACCUCACCUCGAGCUGCUUGCUAACAUUGACCCCAGUCCAGAUGCUCCUCCUCCUACCUGGGAGCAGCUGGAGAAGGGGCUGGUGGCGGUAAAGACGGUGGUGCACGGCCUAGUGGACUUCAUUCAGAACCACAGCAAGAAGGGUGCCGACACGCAGCAGCCACCGCAGCACAGCAAAUACAAGACGUACAUGUGCAGAGACAUGAAGCAGAAAGGAGGCUGUCCCAGAGGAGCCAGCUGUACCUUCGCCCAUUCUCAGGAGGAGCUGGAAAAGUACCGUAAAAUGAACAAACGUCUUGCUGCACGAGUGCCCUGCACCCCUGGCCUGCUGCCUGAGGAUGUGGUCCCGCUGGAGCCUGGGCGAAAGGCCUCUAUGCAUACCAACGGGGGCCCUCUUCCCCAGCUCAUCUCCAGAGGCACAGACCCCUCCACGUAUGACCUCUUACUCAAGCCCAAGAUGGACGCCACUAGCCUGAGUGCUCCUGGGUCGCCACCUGACUCUUUGGAUAAAUGUAGCUUGGCCCUGACACCCCACCCUGUGCCUCACCCCAGGGCGGAGCACUUACCCAUGCCCAAGCAGGUGGCAGUCAUGCCCAGAGGUGCGCCACAGAUGUAUCCACAACAGCAGCCCCAGCUCUUCUAUCCAGAGCCCGCCAGACCUCCUCCCUCAGGAUCUCAGUAUGAUGUUCAGUACCCAACAGGCAACCCCUACCCAUACCAACCUCCACAGUAUGUCCCUCCCCGCUACAUCCGUAAUCCGCCGCCUCCGGGUGAGUCCCCUUACCCAGAGACCUACCCGGGAUAUGGCCCAGAUCGCCAAUAUCCGAGCCACCACUCUGGUGCCCCUUUCUCAGCCCACACAUACGCACAGCCCUCACAUUACAGUCGCAGACACGGACACUAUCCAGCACCCCCACCUCCGUUUACCCCAACCAGAGACGACUUGGUCAGGAUGAGCCCAGUUCCUUUGGACGUUCCCCCGUCCGCUAUGCCUCCACCUCCAGCAGGGCCUGCAGGUUCUCUGUACCACUCCCAGGAACCGUCAUCCAGAGACAGAUACCGACCGGACGGGUACUACACAGCUGGACCACACCCCAGCCAAAUGAGGUCCCACAUAGGAGACCCGUACAGCUGCUCUCAGCCCAGUCUGGAUGACUUGCAUCGCAGGCGCAAAGAGCUGCUUGUCCAGCUGGAGGAGAGAAAAGUCAUCUCUCCUCCCCCCUUCGCCGCCUCCCCGACUCUCCCUUCACACCCGUUCCCCAACGACUACCCUCGGGAGUAUUUGGAGGACGGCUCUAAAGCCUUUAGCAGUCGGGAGCCAGACUACGCUGGGCAGUAUUCCCCCUGGUCAUGUGACACCAUAGGAUCAUACAUUGGCUCCAAGGAUGCUAAACCAAAAGAUGUCAGCAGCUCUGUGGAAAUGAUGAAUGCAGAGGGGAAAGUUCUCCGUGAACCUCCACUGGACACUCAGCGGCGCUCUGCGGAAGCCAAAGAUGACGAUCCCAUCAUUCCCUUUGGUCCUCUGCCCACAGUGUCUCCUUUUGGUGCCAUUUCACGUACCUCUAAAACGGGUUACCAGACCACUGGGCCUGUACAGGCCAUAGCAUCCUCACAGGCCUCUGGCUCCAAACACAUGACCAUGACAGCAGACUAUCCGUAUGGAAACCACAGCGGAUGGGGUGGAGCGUCGUACCCUCAGCACCAGAGCAUCAACUCUCAGGGACACUUCAGCGAGCGUCUGUCCGUGUCUGCCCCUGACCGCGAGCAGCUCAAGAUUGAGCUCCAGCAAGUCAACCAACAGAUCAGUCAGCAAACCCGCGGCAUGGAGAGGGAGGCGUGUGCGCUGGCGUCUCAGCCCACGGCUGCAGUGAAGUGGUCUUCAGGUGGCACUGUGUCCAGUGAGCAGCUCAGCCUGGAGCUUGAUCACGUAGAGCUGGAGAUCAAGAAGAGAACCCGUGAAAUCGCCAUUGAGAAUCAGGUGGCCCAUGAAUACAAGCUGAAGGCCACUGAGAAUGGGCAGCCUGACCAUAAAGCCCAGCUGGAGGAACUCUCUUUAGCAUUGGGUGAGGUGUCUAAUGGAUCCAAUGGCAUGAAGCCAGCCAGUAGUAUGGGAGGAUCUAUGUUGUCGCUUACCAAUAAGACAUCUUCUCUCGCCCUCUGCUCCACCGACCAAGCAGCGAGUAGUUCAGACCUUCAGAAGAACGGUGUUGUUCACUCUUGCUCUUAAGAGCGUUAUUCACACACACAGACAACCUCUCCAGAGAUCAAUACUCCUUCUCUAAAGGCUUUGAAAUUGAUCUCUUGAAUAAUUCGACCAGUUUUUUUAAUAUUCAGACGGAGUUCGAAUGAGGGACACGCAUUCACACACACACACGCACGCACACAUGCAUACACACACCUGCAUGCUGCUACAUGCAUGCACCGACACAAACUUCUCUGUUGUUUUAUUUAGAAAAAUGAGCAGUAUCUGCCGUGAUAUACAUUUUCUUUCUUUUUGUUCUGUGAAUGAGCUUUUUGUUUUAAUGACUUCUCAUCGCCUGGAAACCAGGGCAUCUGAAUAAUGCUUACUUUGUUGUUUUCCCUGUACAUCAAGAAAGAACAGUCAACCCAAAGCUAGCACAGACAGGAGGACACAAACCGGUGGAAUCCAAACGAGAAUCGAGCGCACUAUUUUUAGCAUCGGGGCUAGUUGCUGAUUGUGCGGUCGGGGCCCUGUGGAAACGUUCAACUCCCUGGAUCUCUGCAGCCUUGAAUAUGAUCUGACUCACCAGGUUUAAAGUAGCAUGGAGAACCUUUUAUGAAUCCAU